GGAUGCUUUCGCGCAUCGGAGGUUCUAUACUUAGACCAGGCGCUUAGAUGACACCGAGGCUGAGUUCUGAUAGCACAUAGCAAUGCCCCUCGAUUGACGGGGCAUAAACUGGGCGAUGCUUUCGUACUUUGAAAAAUUGUCAAUGCCUCUUCAUCAAGUCUCUUCCAAUGUUUAAAGCGCUGACCGGAGGUUUACGCUCUAAGAAACCAACAAUGACGACAACACCAGACUCCGACCAUGACAAAAGGAAUCGACAAAGCAGGGGAAAUUCUGCUCAGGUAGAAGAGAUCCAACAAGUUCCGGAUCUUCAAAGGGAUCUCGAGCUCCAAUGCCAGCAAUUGGCUGAACAAGUUGCCAAUUUUCCCAGUGUGCUCCGGCACCAUAUGGCCAAUAUUGAAGACAACCGGAAGAACUAUCGCCAUAAUAUCGAUUCCCAAGUACGAAGACUUGAGUCCAAAGUUCAACGUAGAGAACUCUAUGUACAGGAACUGGAACGUGAACUGCAAGCGUCCCAGGCCGAGAUCAGUGU